GGGUGGGAGCAGCUGAAGGUCCGCUCCGGAGACUGGGCUGUCCUCUCGCGCGCGGCGCUGGCCGGGGAGGCGGCGGAGGAGGAGGGAGUGAGGCGGCAGCGAAAGAGGAGGGGAGGACCGGGGCGGCGUCGGACUGGAGCCGAAAGGCGUUGCGAGCUGCCCGGGGCGCAGUCGUGAGCUCGCCCGACGGGUCCCCAUCCCCGAGCUACACCCUGCCGAGCCCAGCUCUGCCCGCAUCCGUGCCCCCACGGGGAGCGCGCCGGGGCUGCCCCCCGAAUGACGGGCGGAAGGUUCGACUUCGACGAUGGCGGCACCUACUGCGGCGGCUGGGAGGAGGGCAAAGCGCACGGGCAUGGCAUCUGCACCGGGCCCAAGGGCCAGGGCGAGUACUCCGGCUCCUGGUCGCACGGCUUCGAGGUGGUUGGAGUCUACACCUGGCCCAGCGGCAACACCUACCAGGGCUACUGGGCGCAGGGCAAGCGGCACGGGCUGGGGGUGGAGACGAAGGGCAAGUGGAUGUACCGGGGGGAGUGGUCACAUGGUUUCAAGGGGCGCUACGGGGUCCGGCAGAGCCUGUGCACCCCCGCCCGCUACGAGGGGACCUGGAGUAACGGGCUGCAGGACGGGUACGGCGUGGAGACCUACGGAGACGGAGGUACCUACCAAGGCCAGUGGGCUGGAGGCAUGCGACAUGGCUACGGUGUACGCCAGAGUGUACCCUAUGGCAUGGCCACGGUGAUCCGCUCCCCACUGCGCACCUCCCUGGCCUCACUGCGCAGCGAGCAGAGCAAUGGCAGCUUGCUGCAUGAAGUUGCAGCCGCAGCGGCAGACAGCCCGGCUGGCACAAGAGGUGGCUUUGUGCUCAACUUCCAUGCGGACGCAGAACUGGGCAAGAAGAAGGGUGGCCUCUUCCGUCGGGGCUCCCUUCUCGGCAGCAUGAAACUCCGCAAGUCUGAAUCCAAGUCUUCCAUCUCCAGCAAGCGCAGCUCGGUCCGCAGUGAUGCAGCCAUGAGCAGAAUCAGUUCUAGCGAUGCCAACUCCACCAUCAGCUUCGGUGAUGUCGACUGUGAUUUUUGCCCUGUGGAAGAUCAUGUAGAUGCCACUACUACAGAAACCUACAUGGGUGAGUGGAAGAACGAUAAGCGCAAUGGCUUCGGCAUCAGUGAACGCUCCAACGGCAUGAAGUACGAAGGCGAGUGGGCCAAUAACAAGAGGCAUGGGUACGGCUGCACUGUGUUUCCUGAUGGCUCCAAAGAAGAGGGAAAAUACAAAAAUAAUAUCCUGGUUCGUGGGAUAAGGAAGCAGCUUAUACCAAUAAGAAAUACAAAAACUAGGGAGAAGGUGGAUAGAGCAAUUGAAGGCGCACAAAGGGCGGCAGCCAUGGCCAGAACCAAAGUGGAAAUAGCAAACUCAAGGACUGCACAUGCCAGAGCAAAAGCUGACGCUGCUGACCAGGCUGCACUGGCUGCUCGUCAGGAGUGUGACAUAGCAAGAGCUGUGGCCAGAGAGCUGUCACCUGAUUUCUAUCAACCAGGCCCUGAUUAUAUCAAACAAAGAAUUCAGGAAGGAGUAGAUAUUAAAGAAAAUCCAGAAGAAAAGGUCCCAGAAAAGCCUCCAUCACCAAAGGAAUCUCCUCAUUUUUAUCGCAAAGGCACAACACCCCCCAGGUCUCCUGAGGCAAGUCCCAAACAGAGCCACUCUCCCCAGCCUUCCUCCCCAGGGUCCUUGAAGAAACAAAACCCCAGCCCAGGGGCCAGACUCAGUCAAGAUAAACGGAGCCUAGCUGAGGAGCAAGUGACAACCAUUGUCAAUAAGCCCUCAAUGUCAAAGGCUCCCUCAAAGGAACUGGGAGCUUCUGUGUCCAAGUACUCUGGCCGCCACUAUGUCCCCAACCCCAGCAAUGGGGAGCUGCAUUCUCAGUAUCACGGCUACUAUGUGAAACUGAACACACCCCAGCAUCCUCCAGAAGACAGGGAGGAUGACAGUGGAGUCAGCCAGUCUUCCUCAGCAUUGGUACCUAGACCAUCACCUAACAAGUGGGGUCCCCCUAAAUCUGUGACAAAACCAGUUGCCAAAGAAAGCAAAACUGAGCCAAAAACAAAGAAGUCUGAACUUGCUAUACCAAAGAAUUCAGCAAACAAUGAUACCUACCCUUCUUUGGAAAAAGAAGCCAAUUCUGGCCCUAAUUCCAUCAUGAUUGUCCUGGUCAUGCUGUUGAAUAUUGGGUUGGCCAUUCUUUUUGUUCACUUUCUGACUUGAUUGGAAUUAGGAAAGCUGCCCCAUCCGGUGAAGUUCUUGGCAUUGGCUACUCCAUCUGUCCAAGCAGAGUGUGACUAAAUUGGAAAUGUAUGGACCUGCAAUUUUUUUUUGAUAGAAGUCAACAGCUGCCUUACUAUUUUACCAUCUGACGUUUUUAGUAGGGAGCUGGGGAGAGAAGACUGCCAGAGGAAUGCAGGCUGAGGAUUGUGUUUCGGUGGGCAUGGUUCCAACAUUCACUCCUAUCUCAUUAGAAGUAGGUAGAGCAUCACUCAGCAGUCUCCUGCUGUGGCCUGCUGCUUUAACAUCUCCUGGAAUGUUCUGGAAGGGAAUGUUUCAUUUGCUUGUGCACGACUCUGCUCAUUUCUGCUGUUUAUUUAAAUGUGAUAUAUAGUCAUCUUCUACCUGCAGUCCUGACUGGAUGAGAACACACAAGUUGCAUCUCAAGGAAAAGCAACAACAAAAAACUAGUUACAAUAUGUAUAUUUAUUUUAAUAGCAGUACAUUGUUUUCAUGUUAUUUAUUCUUUUUAAACCAAUAAAAGGUUGUUUAUCUUUAAAAUAUAGUGAUCUGAAGGUAUUAUACCUUCCAAAGAAAUAAUUUAAUUUUAAAUAUUUUUAACAUCAUUGAGGUGAAUUGUUGAUGCACUCAGGAGGUACUAAAUUUUAAAAGCUGAAAGAUGACAGAAUACUAAGAAGUGUAGUCAAAAUGUUGCCUGGAUUCAGUAAUCAGUGGUUAAGGGCUCAGUUUCAUUGCUGACGUAUGUUACAACCAAAUAAAAUCUUGUCAGUGACUGUUAAUUCCCAUGAAAGUUAAGCAAGAUCUAUUAAUAGCUACUCUUCUCUCUCUCCACCCCACCCCCAACUCAAAUGUUGGUUGAAUACCUUCAGGUAAACAGCAAAGCUUUGUUAAGUCACUGCCCCUUCUCUGCCUUCAAUGUUUUUCAAAGUUGUUUUGUAAUUCUAUAUUAAAUUUUAAAGACUUUGACAGUUUUAUUUUAAAUAUUUAUCUUUUGGUGUCCUAUAUUGUUCUGAUAAUGACUUUUUCUAUUAUAUAAUUUACUCAGAAGCAUGCUUACCUAGGGAAACUACAUGAUCUUUAUAAAAAAUAAUUAUUUAAAAAGAAAUCAGGGUAGGAAAGGUAUGUCUGAGUCUCUUAAAGGCAUUGGCUUGUAGAGGGGGAAGUCUUCCUGACUCUGUCCAUGAUGUCAUGGUGUCAGCCAAGCCUCUCACUUAGGGGCCUGUGCAGAGCAGAGGAGACAGUGUGUGUCACUCCCCUGGCAGCACAGGUGAGGACCGCAUGCUUCAUCACCUCCAGGGUAGCAACCUGGCAGUGCUUUCUGCAGAAGUGCAAUAUAUUGAGACUCUUGGGUAUGACCAAUAUGGAUUAAAGAAGAAGGCAGAAAGAGAGCAAAUGAAAAUAGAAUUACAACUUGUAUAUUUAUUUUUUACAUUUUGCUUUGACUUUUAAAUUUAGGGAGUCCAUUUUUACUCAAGAACAAACUAAGUCUGUCUGUCAUCUCCAUAGUCUCCCUGCCCCUUCCUACCCCUGUAGCUCCUUAUGCUGGGAAGUCUGGGGGGGGGGGGUUGUUGUUUUGUUUUGUUUUGUUUUUUAAGAAAAUAGAAUAUUUAAUCUUAUUAAGUAUUUAUUUAAAUGUAUAAUGCUUUGAAAAUAAUGGGCAACAGAGAACUAAAAGAUGUUUAUAAAGUGAGCUUGUUGGCUACAUUUAUAAAUAUAUAUAUGAUUUAUAAGCUUUUUUAAAACAAAGCUCAAAUUGUGGGUAUUUUUCUAAAAUGUGCACAGCUGUAUUUUCCAUGAAGGAUCUUUCUAAUGUGUUGUUAUACUGUACUCUACAUUUUGGACAGCACAUGAAGUCUGCCAAUGUACUUAAUAAAACAUGACUUUGUUUAUUUAAAGUUUCUUGCUGUGAAAAAGAACUCCCUACCAGUGGGUUCCUUAAUUUAUAAUCUUUGAAACCAAAAUGUAUAAUGUACAGUUUGUACAACUGUAACUGCCCUAAUAAAAAUGUUGGUUAUUAAUAAA